AUUCGAACUCUUCGGAGAUCGUCAGCGGCAGCAGCAGCGUUUCUUUCGACGGACCGUCUACAACUUUUCAAAACCAGUUUACUGUUUUAUAUUUACUGUUUUAUUAUCUGUAUUAUCUUUUAUUUACUGUAUAUAAUUGUAUAUAAUUGUAUUAUCUGUACUGUUUUGUCAUUAAUUAAUUGUAUUUUGUUUUUUUGUUUUUCAGGUUACUGUAGCCGCUGAGGGAGCUCACCCCCAUACCGGUCAGGUAUGGAUCCCCGGUGGAGGAGCAGACCUCUUCCAAUAGUGGCGCAGUCAGGAAACUUUAGCUUCAGGACUCGUCGCGUGUCUCCGUGGCAGGGUGAAGAGCCAGCCGCCUGUGAGGAGCCCCAGCCGUGUCAGCCCGGGUUCCUCGAGGUGAAUCAGAGGGCCCACAUUAAGAAGUGCACAGAAGGUCAGCUGGAGGGACUCCUUCCCACCUCCCACCCAGAGUCUCCAUUGCCUUCAAUCACACCUGAAAGGAAUGGCAGUGAGGCUCUGGUGGCGGUUGCGGAGGCAGAACCUUUGAACAUGCUGAACACUGCUGGUCCAGUUGCACAGUGUGAGGAAGCCCCGAUCACGUCCCUCACCACCACCCACUGCCCGGAGACAUUCAGCCAGUCAGGUGUCGAUGUCCUGUUGCUGGUUGCAGAGGCGGAUCCCUCUCACAGGCUGGACACCAACAGCACCGAGCCUGAGUCUGAGCCAGUGCCAGUUGCACAGGCUGAGGGGGAUCUGGAGGGCAGCGUGGAGGUCGAUGUGGAGAGCAUAGAGACAGCUCCAAAAACACAGAGACGAUGGCUACAGCGCUGCCUGAGAGUCUGGAGGAGCACAGCCUCUACUUUACUCUCCUGCUUUCCUCGUAGGGGAAAUAGAUAAAACAAAAAAUGGAGAGGAUAAAUAGAAUGAGGGUGGAUAGAUACAUAGAAAGGGGGAUGAUAUAUAGGUAGAUAGAUAGAAAAGGGGAUGAUAUAUAGGUAGAUAGAUAGAAAAGGGGAUGAUAUAUAGGUACACAGGAAAUUUGGCAGUGUUAAAUCAACACUUAUUAGUGUUAAACUUUACACUCAGUGUUAAUUUAACACUGCCAAAUUUCCUGUGUAGAUAGAUAGAAAAGGGGAUAAUAUAUAGGUAGAUAGAUAGAAAAGGGGAUGAUAAAUAGGUAGAUAGAUAGAAAAGGGGAUGAUAUAUAGGUAAAUAACAUAACAAAAAUAAUUAUUAUGAUUAUUAUAAUAAUAAUUAUACUAUUUAUCAAUAAUUAUAUAAAAAUAAUCUUUGUCUGUCUUCUCCUUUUUCUAUCUAUCUAUCUUCUCCUUUUUCUAUCUAUUUUCUCAUUUUCUAUCUAUCUCUCUGUCUGUCUAUCUAUCUAUCUUCUCAUUUUUCUACCUAUCCAUCUAUCUGUCUACAUUCAAUUCAAUUUAAUAUAGCUUUAUUAGCAUGACUGUAAAUUACAGUGUUGCCUAAGCAUUAUAACAAUUAACAACAACAAUGAUAUAUGAACAUACAUAACAGACAGACAUAACAUUUAUAACAAAAAUAAUUAUUAUGAUUAUUAUAAUAAUAAUUAUACUAUUUAUCAAUAAUUAUAAUUAUA